AAAACGCGAAUCGUCAUACUCUGGCGAUUUAGUUUGUCUCAAUCUCAAGUGACAGUUGAAGACGAGACUCAGAUACACCCAAGUUUUCCCGAGAAACCAAUAAAUAUUAUCACGGAUAAUUUUCAUCCUUCCAUUCAAUUUCUCAUCCAAUUGAUCCAACCUACUUCACCCAUGAUUCGGUUCUGCCUGAUUUCACUUGUUUUCUUGCUUUCGAUCUCGUCGCUCCUCUAUGAAUCUUCGAGCUCUUCUAUCAUCAAUCCCUCUAAAGUCAAGCAAAUUUCAUGGAAACCUAGAGCUUUCGUUUACCAAGGGUUUCUUACAGAAGAAGAAUGCGAUCAUUUGAUAUCUAUUGCAAAAUCGGAGCUGAAGAGAUCCUAUGUUGCAGAUAAUGAGUCUGGAAAGAGCAAGCUCAGCGAGGUUCGAACAAGCUCCGGGAUGUUUAUCAAAAAGGCAAAGGAUCCUAUUGUUGCUGGUAUAGAGGACAAAAUUGCACAUUGGACAUUCCUACCUAAAGAAAAUGGGGAAGAUAUGCAAGUACUGAGAUAUGAGCAUGGGCAAAAAUAUGAGCCACACUACGAUUAUUUUGCUGACAAGGUUAAUAUUGCGCGGGGUGGGCACCGCUAUGCGACUGUACUUAUGUAUCUCAGUGAUGUGGGGAAAGGUGGUGAAACAGUGUUCCCCUCAGCAGAGCAGGAGUCUCCUCGUCGUAAAUCUUCUACAUCAGAUGAUGAUCUAUCAGAGUGUGCGAGGAAAGGUGUUGCGGUAAAACCGAAAAAAGGGGAUGCUCUUCUUUUCUUCAGUCUCAGUCCAAAUGCUAUUCCAGACCCCAUCAGUCUACAUGCAGGAUGCCCAGUGAUAGAGGGCGAAAAGUGGUCAGCAACAAAGUGGAUCCAUGUGGAUUCGUUUGACAAGAUAUUAGGAGCCAGUGGGAAUUGCACAGAUGAGAAUCCGAACUGUGACAGAUGGGCUGCGCUGGGGGAAUGCACCAGGAAUGCAGAGUAUAUGGUUGGAACUCCAGAGCUUCCAGGUUACUGUAGAAGGAGCUGUAGGUUAUGUUAGCAUGUUAAUUUAUGCUUUCCACUUUCGUUUAUCUGUUGUCUGUUGUAUUGUACUGGAGUUCUUUUGAGCUAUUAUAUUAUCAUUUUAAUAUGUUUCCAAUCAUCGUUUACUAAGCCAUUUUUUGUAAAAAUUAUUUUUGUUAAUUAUUGUUUUCAGUUUUGUCUUCA